CUAUGCACAUGAUGGGUCCACGUGGAAGGGGGCAAGACCAGUUAAGACCGCCGAAACGAAAUCGCGGAACCACGGAGAGAAUCGAAGAUGGAGAAAGAUGAUGUGUGUGCUGUUUGUGUGGGUUGCUAACCACGUGGAGUAGGUUAUUGGAUAUGAGGCAUAUGCGAAGAGCAUGAAAGUAUCUUUGUAAUAUUUCAGUUUUGUGAUAUUCGUAAUAUUUAAUGGGUACAAGUCGUUCGUGAUAAUAGAUGAUAAUAGAGUUGUCUCCCGCCAUGAAAGGAAAUCUGCCCACCUUUUUAAAUGCUUCACAUGCCGCACCGGCUGCAGUAUAUAUGUUACUUGCGUUAUCGACGUUAUGCAUUUUCAAUAUGAUAUACGCAGUGCAACCGUUGCCAUUUCUUGAUGAAAUAUUUCACAUUCCACAGGCUGAGAAAUAUUGUAGGGGUCUGUUCAGAGAAUGGGAUCCAAAAAUCACAACUUUACCUGGUCUGUAUCUGCUCUCAGUGGGUGUUCUGAUGCCGUUGUCCACCGUGUUGAGAAUAGACGUGUGUGGAACAUAUGCUUUACGUAUGACAAAUGUGUUUGCAUGUUUUGCAAACUUCUAUAUUAUACAUAACAUACAGAAGAGGCUGUAUCCUGAAAGAAGGGAUUUGGACUCGUCACUGCAAGAUCUGCUCUCAGCUGUGAACCUAACUAUAUUUCCAGUUCUGUAUUUCUUCACAUUCCUGUAUUAUACCGAUGUUAUUGCAACAGGUCUCAUACUCCUCACAUAUCUACUGCAGCUAGACGGCCGCACGCUACUUGCGCCUCUAACAGCCUUCAUUGCAGUUGUUGUGCGGCAGACAAAUAUUGUGUGGGUGGCUUUCAUUGCUUUUCUUUCAAUAUCACACGUGUUGAAAUUACACGUUAUCCAAUGUAAUAGCAGAUUGUCACCCAAGGUUGUGAGGUCGGCAAAGUAUCUCCAGUGUUGAAAAGCAGCGCUCUGCCUCUGAUGUAGUCAUGGGAACUGUCAAGAGGAUUUUUAUCAGUUUCGUAAUUUCACUAAAAACAUCAUCUAGAUUAUUUUCCAAGAUAAAUUUCAGCAGCUCAAUUAAUGUGCAAUAUUCAUGAAUAUCAGACCUACAAUAGAAUACUUUUAGUUCAGUUUCAAGCUUUUCUUUGUCAAUCAUGGGAUAUGCUUCAGUGGUCAGUACUAUCUCUUCUGUGGGAUAUUCAUUCUUAAAACUAGUGAAGUAUUUAUUUUUGAACAAUUUAGCAGCUACUAAGUGUUCAGUGGAAGAAUAUUUGUCCAUUAUAUCAACACAUAUACAGUCACACACUUCCUUAGCUUCUGCCAUGAGUGCCUUUGAAGGAUUCUCACAGUACUUUUGAGUUUCUCAAUUCUAAAAUAGCAGUUUUGAAAUUUGUUAUAUAGUCAUUAACUUUAAACACACUAAUUUCUCGAGAUUGCAUUUGGUUGUAAAUUAUUUCAACAUGAGGCAUAAUCUGAUGAUAAAGCUCUAACCAAAACUUGAAAUUAUCAUCAUUCAGGUAUUUUAAAAUUCCUGUUGCUUCUGCAAUGGUUUGAUCUGCAUUUGAUGUAUACUGAAUUUCAGUAAGGCAGUUUAUUAAAGGUUACAAAUUUUCAUGAACUCUGUUUAUGGUCCGUAUGUUGAAGUUCCACCUUAUACAAGAUGGACGUGGAUUGCUGACUUCCAUAUGCUUCUUGAGAAUGGACACACGUUGUGGUGAUCUUAAGAAGAAUGUUGGAAUAGCCAGAAUGUUAGAGAAAAAUAUUCUUGCAUUUCAUGUAAUACUUGCUGCAUUUCUCAUUAUUAAAUUAAGUUGAUGUGCAUAACAGUGAAUGAAAUGUGCCUUACUAUAAACUGCUUUUAUUUUUGCUUGAACUCCUGCUUUUUUGCCUUUCAUGACUUUUGCAAAUCUUCAGAUUUGAUGCUUCAAAUCUGAAUCUAAUUUAGAUGCAAAAUUUACUAAUCAUCUAAAUACCCCUGGAUUUAUUGAAUUGUCUUUUUCAUCAUGUCCACGUAAGAGAGUUUCAAAGUUUCCACAAAAGAAAAUGCAGUCUAUAAUUUUGGACAAAAUUUCACGGUUCUUUUAACCUUAAUAUUAUGCUCAUUGAUUGAAAGUCUGUAUGCCUCACUGAGUUUCUCCUUAAUACUUACGGUUCCUAAAAGUGACAG